UUGAGAAGAAUAAAAUAUCAAGACCUUUCAGGCACCAUCAGUCUUACCCGAUUUGUUUUGAUUCGUGGUUUUUCCACUUCGUCUCAACUCCUGCGUAGUAUAUCGAAACCUGUCGCGCAAGUGACGAAGAUGGUUGGAUCUAUAGGCACUCACGAUGGGAAAUUUCACUGUGAUGAGGCAUUUGCUUGUUUCAUACUGAAACGUCUCAACCAGUUCAGGGACUAUAAACUGAUAAGAACUCGCGAUCCCGCUGUACUUAACACUUGCGACGUUAUCGUUGAUGUGGGAGGUGUUUACAACCACUCGAAGAAAAGAUAUGAUCAUCAUCAAAUAGAAUUCAAUGAAACCAUGCAAACACUUGGAGUGUUGGACUUCAACACCAGACUGAGCUCAGCUGGACUGAUUUACGCUCAUUAUGGGAAACAACUGAUUGCAGAGGUGAGCAGCAAUGUCCUGUUUUUGCCAUGUUUCACAAUCUGCGUUACCACUUCUGCUUAAUG